GGGAAUAGUCUUCUGAAACUCUAAAUUCGUUGCUGUAUCGACGCCAAUAGAAAGUAGGAUGUCGUCUUCGUCGACCAGUCAGACACGAAAAAGUGAAAUUGCGAACAAACAAAAGCAUCCUGGUUGUAGUACACCAUUGAAGUCAGUUGAUCCUAGACUAAGUAGCAUAAGCCUUUCAGCGAUUGAAACGAACUCUUCGUCGGAUGGGGCUCGCAAAAGAAAGCUACCAACGACUGAAGCAAGUCUUGAAAAGAAACAAAAAAGACGUCGGAAAGAUCUAAAAAAGAAAUCGAAACGCAAUGUUAGGAAAAGAGCAGUAAUUGCAUCAACAAAUUCAGACAGCGACUGGGUGACAGAAUUAGAGACGAGUGAUGUCAAACAACAGACCACAGGUGAUACGAAUUCGGAUGAUAUUUUAUUUAAGGAUCUGCGAUCUCCAGAAUUGAUUCGAAGAGAGCAUCAUGUUGAUGAAGAUUACCUGGAGUCGCCAAUCACUCGACCUCGUCGAAACGAAAUUGUGAGCCCAGAGAAACUUGAGGGGUAUGUAAACUAUGAACCUCUGUCACCCAACGAUACGUCUCAUCUUCUUUUGCGUAUUCAAGACACAGACGACGAGGAGGAAGCGCAGCUAUGGAAAUCUAAGGAUGUACUAAAAAUAUAUGCACGGACAAAGAUACAUAAGAAGAAAGCAAUAAGCCCGAAAGAUAAAUCCAAACAGUGGUUGGUGGACGUAGCAAUACCAUCUACAACCAGUAAUCUUCUGUGGGAUGAUUAUGUACAAAAACAUCCUGAAGAAAUGAGACCGUAUGUCAAAGAUGUAAACGAAGAAUCAUGUAAGAAGAAUGACAAAGAUGAUAAUCGUAACAAGAGACCAACUUCGAGAUUAUGGCCAGAGAGUGAAAUACCGCCUAAUAUGAGUGUUGUGCGAGGAACCUGGAACCAUUCGUUAAAAAAAUUCGAUCUAGUAUACGAUGAUGUGUACAAAUUUCCCGAAUCGACAGAUGAAGAAUUCGCUAAUGAUAAAGUAAUAGACGCAAGAAUAAGCCUAAGUGAAUUUCGUCGCCAACGCAGAGUUGAAAAAAAGAGGGAACAGGCGACAAGUUCCAGGAGAGUCAGACCUCGAAUUAUAUCCUCGAUAAAGUUAACAAACUUACGAUAUGAGAGACAGGGACAAGAUUGGAAAAUAAUUUAA